AUGGCAGAUACAUUAAAAACACCAAAGAUUAUCGAAGAUGUGAGAUUGAACAAUGUAGGGGAAGUCAAAAUUAGGGAUAUAACCAAUGAGGCAAACUUACGACAACGGUCAAUGGACGCUCUCAAGAACCGCAAACAGGCGUCACACCUGCCUCCUAGCUCACACCGUACACUCAACUUAUUUAAACUACUGCUGCAAUUGUCGCACCAGAUUUAUUCUUCCAAAGUGAAGCCCAUCACCAGUUCCUUGCCAGAAAUGCUCUUUUAUUUUAUCAACCACUUGAUUUUGCUUUGGCUUUUCUUUUUUAUUGCAAUUUUCAAAAACUUUCAAUUCGCUUAUAGAAAGACGUAUCUUAAAUUUUUAUCGCUUACAUACUAUCCAAACAAGUCUCCACAAGUCAUCCGAGAUGACGUGAACCAAAUGACAAAAAUCCCCAAAUCCAUUUCUUGCAUCUUGGACUUGAAGGAUGACGAUGAUGAAAAUGGGGGCAAAGAUGGGUUCAUGAACCUGAUUAGUGAAUUGGCUGCAUGGACUGUGAGUGCCGGGAUUAACAAGUUGAUUAUUUACGAGUAUACUGGGGCGAUGAAUCAGAGCAGCGAAUUUGUCGUGGACUUGAGUAACAACAUUACCAAGAAUUUAGUCUCCUAUUUUGGAAGUGAGUCAGUACCCAGAUUUUCGAUCAAGGUGCCAAACAAAAACUUGAUAUUGUACAGCGACGAAACCUUAGCUAACAGCAAUUUAAAUGAGACAUACGCCAGCGGCCAAGUUGAUUUAGAGAUUGAUUUACUCAGUAGAGUUGAUGGCAAGCCUACGUUGGUGGAGUUGACGAAAACCAUGAGUGAGUUGGCAGUCAAUGGCGAUCUAUCAAUUAAUGACAUCACCAUUGAUUUGAUUGAUGAGGAACUUGUAGAAUUGGUUGGACCCGAACCCGACUUGUUGAUAUGUUUUUCACCCUCCUUAAAUUUACAAGAUUACCCACCAUGGCAUAUCCGAUUGAGUGAAAUAUACUGGGAGCCUGAUAAUAAAGAUGUUAAUUAUGCUGUUUUUAUUAGAGCAUUGAAACAGUUUUCUGGUAGUAAGAUCAAUUUGGGAAAGUAA